AUCAGCUAGUAUGAAACUAUAAGAAUAAUACUAUGUUUUUAUGUGAUUCUCAUUUUAUAAUCUACACAUUUGGUACUUGCUCCUCUUUUGUCCCAUUAUACUUUCUCACGUGAUUGAUUUGAUAAAUAUAAUAACACGCUCAUAUAUCGUGGACAAACACCAUUUGGUUAGUUAAUUAUUCUGCUUUCUUUUUUGUCGACUAGAUAAGUUAAUUAUUCUGCUUAGUUACGAGUUACGACGCAACAAAAUUUUCAAUUCAAUAAAAAAUUGACAUAUCUAGAAGGUCAUUUAUUCAUAAUAACAAUGACAAUGUUUUUUUGACGUAACAACAAUGACAAUUAGACGGAGAAAGGGCCUUUUAUAGCUUAAUCAAGAAUAAGGGCACACUCUUAAAAUGAAAGUUCGAGAAGAUGGGCAGGAAACUAAACCCUACCACAUUUUUCUCUCUUUCUUUAUCCUCAUGUCCUGUUAUAUUUUCUACUCUCUUACCAUUUAUUUUUAUUUUAUGAUCUUAAAAUUAUUAUUUUGAUUAUAAUUAUAAGCAUUUUUUUCCUCAGCUAAUCAAGUUGAUUGUGCAAAUGAGGACAGUGACUUUACACAACAGUCAUUUAAAUUCUGAUUUUAGAAGAAAAAGGGAAAACUUUAUUGACUAAUGGAGAAACUAAUUGUAAUGAGAAUGCACUAAGGUCAUGAAUGAAAUAAAUAUUUGGAGAUUCAUUGGCUGCAUGAAAAAUUAAAGCAAUAUUCAUAAGUUCAUCAGCUCAGCUUUCUUCAUAUUUGAAAUCCCUUUAAGACACCUUGAUUUUGCUAUGGCUCUAAGUUCUAUCGACUUCAGUGCACUAGUCUUCGCAGGUUCUUCCUCUGCAUUGAUAGACUCAUCAUCAUUAUUUCGCAGUACAAGGGUGUGGCAUUAGAAGCUUCUUAUCUUCUUUCUUCGCAGCAGCUCGAGCUCGUAGCUGAGCUUGGACUUUCCUCCAGUAUCUCUUUCUCGAUGUCUUGUGAGUUGUGAACCAGACAAGAAGAUCAAGGUAAUAGGCAAGUGUUCUUCUAGACACAGACACAAAGUAGAGUUACAGAAGCUCCUGCUAUCUUAAAUUCCAUAACAUGUGUGAUACCAAAAGAACACCAUAUAGAGUAAGGAGGGUAUAAAUCCUAUAUCUCUAGCCAGAUAAAGAGACUUGAAUAUCUCUUGAUAGAAAACUUUCUUCAUCUCGUAAUAACACAAAGGUAAAUUGAACCUGAGCGCUUAUUGACUAUUGUUUAUUAUUAAGUACAUGCUGAUUAGUGCCGGAUCAUGCUUGUAACACCAGAUCAACACAGUGAUUCAUCAGAGAGCGAAUGGUAGGGAAUAAGUCAAAACUAUGUGUGCAUUAAGACAAUCAAGUAAAGUCCUACACCGAAAUAGCUUCAUAAUCAUGUUAAGUACACAAAUGUAUUCAAUCAAAUUCCCAAACGUCUGACUGGCAAUAUUUGAUCAAAUGUCACACACGUCUGACUUUGGUAGCAUUCUUGGGCUUUUAAGUUUCAUGGGCCUGAAUAAAAACUCUAGACCACGUAAGUUUGUCUAACAUCCCACAUCGGUUGUUCUUCCCACUCUACGUUUCUUUAUAUAGGUCACAGAAGCAUCAAUCCAGCGUCGAGCUAAGUAACGAGAGCUUGUGACCCGAGUGGGGACAAUAAGAUGGUGGAACACUGGUUUGGUCCACGGGUCGGGUCUGCUGUGGCAAGUUUCUGAGCUGCCCUGUCCAAGCGGAGAGUUAUCUGUCUGGUUUGAGCGAAGGCUCGAAUUAGGUGGGUGCUAAAGUCGGAGGGCAAUGCGUCAGGCUGGUUUCACAGAGCAGCGACUACUUCCCGCUCUCUGCAGUGGACGGAUAACGGCUCGGCGCCACUCAGACCUGCUAUGGCCUGCUGGUUCGUUCUCAGCUGAACCACCAAUUUUUUUUUCUUUUUGGAACCUUCGUAACGCAUUGGACCAAUUUUAUUAGCUGGCCUGACGAAUAAAAUAGAAACCCAAUUAACUAAAGUCGAAAAUCAUGUAUACAGCUUUAUUGGAGUUAUUUCUAAAAAUCUUUUGAUCUACUUGAGAUUUAAGAAACCCAAUUUUAUUAAUUGGCUUGUCAUUCUUUCUGUAGUAUACACAUUUUUAUUAACAACUAUUUUUAAAACAAAUAACGCAAUUUAGCUGUGACACAAGUUAGUAUACAAAAAAGUCUCUUUAUUGUGCCUUGUAGUUUUUAGCCAUCUCUUCCACGUUCAAUUCUAUCGCCAGGAUUGGAGAAUCUCGUCCCAUUGCAGUGUCACUGAUUCACAAGCAUUUUAAGAGUGCAAAACCAAAGAUAAAACUGUUUUACUAAGAGACAAGAAAGACUUUCAGCAUUUUUGUACCUGUUUCGAACAGGACCAUGAACCACAGCUGUUCUCAGACAAUUCAUAGCUCUUCCAACAAUGUUUGCUGUUGAAACUGGACCAAAUGUAACGACUAUCAUAUGCUUCCUGUUCAAAACCAACACACACAAGGUGUGAUGAAGUCAACAAGAAAGAGAAGUAUACUUUUGCUUUAGAGCAUCCGAAGUGAUUGUACCUUAGCUUUGAUCUCCUUGUUUUCAACUACUACCCAGCACUGAUCCUUUUCGAGAACAAAAAGCUCCUCCUUAUCAUCAUCACCCAUACCAUCUCGAAUCCUUCUACACCUGCUAAUCUUCUUAUUAGACACUUAUCUGAAUUUUUUGGGUCCUUUAAGACUACAGCAUCUCCAACGAAUAGAUGAUACCUAAGGACAGAAUCCCUAUGAGUAAGCAUAGAUCAUGUAAAGAUCUAUACUACUACCAACAAACACUUAUAUAGACAGACAAGUAGAAACCUUUGGAUCUGUAUGAAUAUAUAGCUCUAUCUAUAGAAGCAUUCAAGAAUCAAAAGUCUUCCUUUUUCAUCUAAACAGAUGAUUAUAUCAUCAAUUAAGAAGAAGCAGAGUUCUAACAAGAGAGUGAAAGAGAGGAACCUUGAGACUCAAGCUUGUGAGCAAGGAAGAAAACUUAUGAUUCAUUAAACGACAUCGGGACAUACAAUAUUUUUUCAAACAAUCAUUGCAAAAUGAACCUCUGGUUUUAUAAUCUGUUACGAAAUUUCCCUGUAGUUUACCAAUCAACUAAUUGGUUCCUACGAAUACGAAGCACCAUCUUUUUGUUUUGCUUUCGAGACUUCACCAAGUUAUUUUCCAAACUCACAGAUUUUACCCCCUUUUUUUUUUUACUUCGGUUUUUUCGCUUAAAAAAAUUGCUUGCUUAACAAGUUACAGUAGCUUUCCAAAACGAGGAGUUAUUACGAGUUCUCAUAUUUUCCCAAAGCUCAAAGAAGAAUGAGUGGUAAACCCGGGCGGGCCAGAGUUGUGCUUCGUGGUAAAAGGGUCUUUUUGGAUGGGUGAGCCGUGACGGCAAUACGCUUUACGCCGCCGCAAAAGUUUCGGACGCUGAAUCGAGAGUUAGGAAUCCUGAUCUGAAUUCAAAGGAAUGGGACCAAAGUGUAAGAGAGGCUAACAGAGCCAUCAGAACCCUUUAAAGUAGGCCGGGUUUAGAUUAACAAACUAAUACGCUCUCAUAGAAGUGAGAAGAGAGAAAGCUCUAAGAGUACUAGAGCCUACAACACUAACUACAAAAGUACACAAAUGACUGGUUCGGCUUCCAAAGUUAUAUCAUCAUUGGCAGACAAGUAAAUAACAUAUAAUAUACAGCUUAUCAGUGAGAAGCAGGUGGAGCCUUGAGAUCCUUUGGUGCACCAACAUUUUUGAAGUUUGGUUCCUAGUGAUUUCAACUCUCCGUGGAAACAUAAAGAAAUGCUUCAACAUAUCCCUCUGGUGUCCAUGGAGGAUGUGUGGAUCGUGUUAAAUGCUAGUGCAGUGAUUGAUGUAAGACCUGGUAGUCGUAUCACGAAAUGUGUACAGCUAGACAACUACACAAAAUCAAACCAUCUGUGACUUGAUCAACAAGUAAACAAAGCUCAUAAUAUAUGUUGCAAGUAAGACUAAAUUUUGAUUCACCAGAGAUGAUGAGAAGAAAUGGCACCUGCGAACAUGUGUCCGUAUACUGAAUGUGGCCGGACCAAAUGUUAAUUAACAAGCUCAAACAAAAGAAAACAACAUAGCAUGAACACCACCACAAAAUAAAAUCAUGUUCAAGAUACUUGCAACCCAUUUGUUCAUGUGUUUCCUUUUCAAACACAACAAAUUAUCUUGUCCUACUUGAUAAUAUAGCCUAACACAAAAGGAGCAGAUCAUAGUCGAUGAACUUAACUUGGAAGCUUACCUAGAGCAACCGGCAUCAUAUCAGUGAGAAACAGAAAUGGCCCCUAAGCCACAUCAUGAGAUUAACAAAUGACAACAACUCAGAUGGAUUCUAAUUAUGAUGUGCCAGUUUAAACUUCUUACUCAAGUCAUCAACAGUUUAGAUACUAAAGUUCAAUAUCAAAAACAUAAUAAUUUGUGGGCUCUAACUCAAAAAUAAAAAGAUCAUAUUUAACCCACAAAACUAGAAAAGUUUAAACUGUUGAAGACUUGAGUAAACUAAUACUAAAUAUUAAAAUUGGCAGUUGUUUUUACCCUCUUUACUACUUUUUAGAUUAAAACAUAAAAAUUAGCUCAAAAGUUAAGCAAUGUAAAAUCUUCUGACGUCAAAAUCACCAGAUACAAACAAAAAAAAGAUGAUUAUAAACAAAAAUAAAAAAAAAAAUAGAAAAGAGGAUUAUAGCCAGUCUACAAAAAUAAAAUAAAGAAACUGGUCGUUAGGGCAUUUGGUUUGAUUUUUUCACUUAUUUCAACUUUUGAUUUUUCAGUUUUAGAGAUAUAUGAUCCCCUCGGUUAUUUAUGAAAUUCGAUUUGAUUUUAGUUUGAUGUUCGGUUCAGGUAACAAAAUUAAAAACUGACUAAUAUCUGAGAAGAUUUAGGGUCAAAUGCGGAUCCAAUUUGGUUAUGCUUUUACAAAUAGUUUCAGUUAAUUUGGGUAAAUUUGAUGGGCAAUUCAAUUUUUCAGAAGAAAAAAGUAUCAGAUAGUUCAAAUUUUUGAAUAAAAUAUCGGGUAACUCAUGAAAUCCGGUUUGAUUUUGGUUCUAUAUUUUUCGGUUAGAUACUAUUCGGUUUUCGGUUCAGGGUAAAUGGUAAAUGUGUUUAGGCCUGUAGGAGUAAAAAUAAUAAAAAGAGGCAUUUAAAGAAAGGGUUAGUGCUGACGUCAUACAUAUUCUCUCGUAACAGCGACUAUAUAAAUUUCACAAUCUAUCAUCAUCAUCUCUCUCCUCGCACUCUCUAUUUCUCCAUUUUCUUGCGAAGGAAGCCUCGUCAGUAUCUCUCUCUAAACCUACGCACGAUGGUAGAGCCUCAGCCACCAAAGUGGGUUCUUGAAGCUCUGAGGAGAUUCAACGGCAUGGAGGCACGACUGGUUAUCGCCGAUAAAGUGUUGUCCGCGAGUGACGUGAAGCAGAGCCAGGCACGUCUUAUGCUUCCUGCGAACAAGGUUCUGAGCAAAGAAGAGUUUCUAAGGGAUGAAGAGAUCAGAGUCUUGGAAGGAGAUGCCAAAGCAACACGUAAAGAAGGGGUUAAAGCUAUCUUUCUUGAUCCGAAUUACGAAACGUAUGGAGUUUGGUUGAAACAAUGGAAGAAGAACUUGGUUCUAUCUGGCUGGAACCCUGUUCUUGCAGGUUACGACGAGUUUGAAGAGGGUGAAAAGUUUGAUCUUUGGUCCUUUAGGCGUGAAGAAAAACUACACUUUGCUCUUGUUCCCAAGGAAGUGGACUGCGGCUACUUGGACGCCUUCAGCGACCUCGAUUUCAAGACUCUCAAUGAUGUUCCAAGUAGCAAUGAUGAGGACUGCUUCGGCUUGGACCUGCUUUUUUCCACAUACGCAAACGUCAACGCUCCUCUUCCGGACUUGGGAUCUUUUGAGGAUACAGAUGUUGUCACUUCCUUAUACGACGAUGCUUGAUUUGCAGUUCGACUUCUCUCCCUAAUGCGCUAGGUACACGUAUGAUAUUGAUACAUUGGUUGGGUUUAGGUGUUAGCUUUUCUUUUCUUGUAGAUAGACCACAUCUGCUGGUGGAAUAUAGGACUGAGAUUCAGAAACAGCCUUUCACUUUCUUUCUGCUUUGUUACUAGUUGAUACUUCUGUAAAUGGAUUAACUCAUUUGUUUGGAGUUGGGGGCUAAAGAAUAUCAAGUCUUUUUAGUUCUAUGAUAUGCUUGUUCGCAGUAUUGCUUUCUCCACUUCUAUCUUCUUUGGCACGUACGUAUACUGCUAUAUUGUUUACAAGUCUCUUGAUGGGUUUACGUUAAACUGGUUAAAGCUGCUUUGGUUUGGUUGGAGUUCUGAACCGGUAUGUUUAGUACUAUCGAAAACAAAACACUUUCUACGCUCUGAUCUUUCAACAGUCUAUUUACUAUAUAUAUAUAAAUCGUGUCCGUGGCAUUUGCAGUCAAGUUAGGUUGGGUGGUCUGGACCUUUCUAUAAUAGUGGCUAUAGUACCAUAGAAAAGAGAAGAAAAAAAAAAACAUUGCUCCAGAAUAUAUGAACAUGAGAAUAUAUGUGUUAUCUAAGAACAGAUCAAUUUAAUCACAUAGACAGGAGAAUAUAAAUCUUCCAAUAAUUCAUUUAAAAAAAAAACAAAUAAACCAUCCAUGACCCUUGUGAACCAGACAAGAAGAGCAAGGUAAUAGGCAAGUGUUCUUCUAGCCACAGACACACAGUAGAGUUAGAGAAGCUCCUGCUAUCUAAAAUUCCAUAACAUGUGUGAUACCAAAAGAACACCAUAUAGAGUAAGGAGGGUAUAAAUCCUAUAUCUCUAGCCAGAUAAAGAGACUUGAAUAUCUCUUGAUAUAAAACUUUCUUCAUCUCGUAAUAACACAAAGGAAAAUUCAACCUGAGCGCUUAUUGACUAUUGUUUACUAUUUUAUUAACUGGCAUGUCAUUCUUUCUGUAGUAUACACAUUUUUAUUAACAACAAUUAUUUUUAAAACAAAUAACGCAAUUUAGCUGUGACACAAGUAUAUAAAAAAGCGUCUCUUUAUUGUGCCUUGUGGUUUUUAGCCAUCUCUUCCACGUCCAAUCUAUCGCCAGGAUUGGAGAAUCUCGUCCCAUUGCAGUGUCACUGAUUCACAAGCAUUUUAAGAGUGUAAGCAAAACCAAAGAUAAAACUGUUUUACUAAGAGACAAGAAAGACUUUCAGCUUUUUUUUGUACCUGUUUCGAACAGGACCAUGAACCACAGCUGUUCUCAGACAAUACAUAGCUCUUCCAACAAUGUUUGCUGUUGAAACUGGACCAAAUGUAACGACUAUCAUAUCAUAUGCUUCCUGUUCAAAACCAACACACACAAAGUGUGAUGAAGUCAACAAGAAAGAGAACUAUACUUUUGCUUUAGAGCAUCCCAAGAAGUGAUUGUACCUUAGCUUUGAUCUCCUUGUUUUCAGCUACUACCCAACACUGAUCCUUUUCGAGAACAAAAGACUCCUUUUCAUCACCCGAUACCAUUUCGAAGCAGAGUUCUAAGAGCAUUUAAUUGUUCCUGAAAUCAAUUCCACAGAUUACAGAAAUGGAGAGCUAAACAAGAGAGUGAAAGAGAGGAACCUUGAGACUGAGGGUGAGGGAGUACUCAAGCUUGUGAGCCAUGUAUCUUAACCAAGUCGACACUGAAGCCUCACACUUGGUUUUCAAAAUUUAACGUUAGGGGGGUUUCAAAAGGUGGCUUCUCCGCCGGCGUGGUCGAUAGGAAGAAAACUUAUGACUCAUUAAACGACGUCGGGACAUACAAUAUUGUUAUUUAAACAAUCAUUGCAAAAUGACCCCUGUUUUUAUAAUCUAUUACGAACUUUCCCUGUAGUUUACCAAUUAACUAAUUGGUCCCUACGAAUACGAAGCACGAUCUUUUUGUUUUGCUUUCGAGACUUCACCAAGUUAUUUUCCAAACUCACAGAUUUUACCUUCUUUUUUUUACUUAGUUUUUUUUUGCUUAAAAUAAUUGCUUGCUUGCCAAGUUACAGAAGCUUUCCAAAACUAGGAGUUAUUACGAAUUCUCAGAUUUUCCCAAAGCUCAAAGAAGAAUGAGUGAGUUGUACUUCGUGGUAAAAGGGUCUUUUGGAUGGGUGAGCCUCUUCAAGUACAAAGAACGACGUGACGAUAAUCACGCUGAAUCGAGAGUUUGGAGUCCUCAUCUGAAUUCAAAGGAAUGGGACCAAAGUGCAAGAGAGGCUUAACAGAACACGGAAAGUACGCACCUGGAGGAAGCUUGAGGAGUUUCACUAACCAAUUCAAAGACAGAAAGCUGCAUGAUGCUUUGAUCAGAGAGACGGAGAAAGGGCCUUGAUUUUUGGUCUUUGGGAUGCAUAUUGUACACUGGAAAGAGACUUUGGUGGCCAUAACGACUACGAACUGGAGGAUCUUUAGAAGUGCUACGGGCCCUUUGAAAUUUCCUGUCAUGCAAAACUCCUUUUUUGAUAACACAUUCAUACUGGUAAAAAUCGAUCUGGAAUUAGAGAAAAUUAGACAAUACAGAUGAUAGGUUCCAUAUGUUAGCCUUCCAGAAGAAGAACAAAGCAAAUGAGGUGGAAGGCAACUUGGGCGAGAAGGAACGCAUGUUUAAAGAGUUGAUUUGUCAAAGGAUGGCAAAGACUCUAUGGGAAAGAGAGGCUUUGCUCAAGACUUCAUGACUAUCAUAUAAAUAAAAUAAGACCGAUGUUUCCUUUUCUAGUCUCAUGCUGAAUAUUGCAGAGAGUGCAGACGCCAUGAGUCUCCGUUCAUCACGAUCGCCAUGGGAUCGUGAUUGAAUCCUCAGACACGGAUCGCCAUGAGAUCAUGAUCUGAGAUUCACUUUAUCAGCUUUUCGUUUAUCCUUUUCAUCUUGUAAACGUUGGUUUGGGUUUCAGUAAGAUUGAGAGUUUCUUUAC